AAGGGAAAUGAUACAUUUCAUAAUUUAAUGCAUUAUACUGCAAUGCAUUCAUGUCCCCUUACUCAACGUUACUUUCAGCAGCAUACACACAGUUUGCGGCUGUACGUUGCGAACUUCCACUCUGUCCGAGGCGGGAUUCGAUCCUCCGCCGUGGCGGUCAUGUCUGCCCGUCCUGAAAUUCACAUCGAGGUGGGAAUUUGUAACUUUUUAAAAACACCACGGCAUAUAACGUCGACUAAAGCUUCCGAAAGGGAACUGGGGGUGCGACGUUUCCCUUUUCUUUCGUUUUCUCUUUCUUUUCCUCCCUUUUUCUCUCCUUUUCUCCCGUUUUCUUCUUCCCCCUUUCUUCCCCUUUUUCCUCCUUCUUCCCCCUCCCUCCCACACGAUUGUUCCCCAGCUUUAGCGGAAAUGGUAGAGCGCUCGCUUAGCAUGCGAGAGGUAGCGGGAUCGAUGCCCGCAUUCUCCAGGGUGGGCUCCUUUUCAGCAUCCCUCCCGAUGACAAGGUUUAGGAAAGCUGCUGUAGAUCUUCCUUUUUCCUUCUUGGAGUUCACCCUCCCAGAGGCUACCGGCCCGUGCAGAAUAAAUGAGGGCCACUGUGGGUGAAAAGCCAUGUUCUUUCACAAACCACGACUAAAAAAAGAUGGAUGUGAUUCAGGCUGACCAGUUGACCGUUUUCAGCUCUUAUCGCCAACCUGACUCGUUCAUGCAGAUUUCUCCUCCACAACAUCCGGAGGAUUGGACCCUUUCUCUCCCGGGAGGUCUCCCGGGAGGCCACCCAGUCCACCUAGUACAGUCUCUUGUCAUCUCAAGGCGUGACUACUGCAACUCACCCCUAGCUUGUCUUCCUUUGCGGCCUAUCAGGCCUUCACAACUGAUCCAGAAUGCAGCAGCACGACUUGUCUUCAGUCUCCCUAGGUUCAUUCAUGUCUCUGCACUGCUGCGUUCCCUGCAACGGCUUCCUGUAGCUGCCCGCAUCAUAUUUCAAACCCUGACGCUUGCCGGCAAAGCCCAAAACGGACCAGACCCUCCCUACUUUAUGGCAGCAGGCAAUAUUCCGUUUGUACCUCGAGCCCUUGGAGCUUCAAGUAAAGCUCAGCUUGUCCCGCCAUCUUUACAGACGCAUGGAAGACAAGCAUCAAGACCCUUCUCUGUCCUGGCGCCCGGGUGGUGGAACGAGCUUCCACUGGCUGUCCGAACAGCAGACUCUCUGGCGGUCUUCAAACGCAAGCUGAAGACCCAUCUCUUUUUGAAGUGCUUAAGCGAACACUGAUCUAAGUACUGAUUGGAAUGCAUUGUAUUGUGCUUAUGCUAUGUUUAACCGUGUAUUCUUCUUCCUAGGUAUUAGCGCUGGCUUUUGUAUCUGGCAUUAUCUGAGCUCACAGGCAGUUCAGACGCUAAGCUAUUUGUGCUAGCCAGCUAGGCUACAUUCUCUGAGUAGACAAGAAAGCACUUUUUCAAGUUGCUCUGGAUAAGAGCGUCCACUAAGCGCCGUAACCGCGAACGACAGCAAGAAAAACAAGUCAGUGGCCCGUACGGGGAUCGAACCCGCGACCUUGGCGUUAUUAGCACCACGCUCUAACCAACUGAGCUAACCGGCCUGGCACCUAUCUGCCCGUGGCUGCAGGUGUGGUGGUGGCAGCACGUGUGUUGCGUCGCCGUCGAACUUCCAGAGAACGUGGCAGCGUGAAGGUGGCUGCAAGGGCACUGCAGCGAGCUCCUCAGCUUGAGCCCUGUUUCCAGACAGGACGAUACUUGGAGGAAUACGUUUGAAUUUCAGCGUGUUCUUUGCGGAGCAAAUUUUUCACAAAAAGCAUUUGCACUAUUUGGUUUCUUUUGUGCCUUGCCUACUACUAAGCCAAGACACAGAAAUCAAAGCCCAAAGGUAUAGCGGGGGGCAUAGCUGCUUUGGAAGCAGUCGGCCCGGGUUUGCUUUCGGACCAACGCGUGGCUUUUAGUGUGUUUCGCUAUGACAGCAGUGGUGCCUGGGGAAAGAUCGCCGGUCACAAUUUUCCACUCAAAAGGAUUUGAAGGCGCGGCCUGCAAAAGCCAGCGCUCUCCCCGUCGGGGAAUCGAACCCCGGUCUUCCGCGUGACAGGCGGAGAUACUGUCCACUAUACUAACGAGGACAAGACGAGGGCUUCACGGUGCGGAUCGCUUCAGAAUAUUUCACUGCGGCCACGGCUUUCUUUGCUAUGCUUCCGCGCUUACAGCGUUUCGCUCGCCCCGCUGACACUCGUUAACGUGCCAACAUGUACGUUAAAUUAGAUUAGAUGCAACUUUAUUGCCCUUCUGCACAGUACAGGUACAGUGCCAAUGAAAUGCAGUUAGCAUCUAAACACAAGUGCAAAAUACAGUAUUAUUCACGUUUCAAGUGCAGGAAAUUAACCGCGGUAAGUGAUGCUGUGCUUACAUUACGUACAAUCAAGAACGGUAGAGAGGUUAAAAAUAAAAGCAUAUAUACAUACAUAUAUACAGAUAUGCAAGUAUGAAUAAAACAGACAUAUAUACAGAGUGAGUGGAGAGAAUGCAAAUGUAGGUAAUAUCGCACCUCUUUUCUUGGAAGCAACGGCAGGUUCCAGCGAGACUCCGACUCGGACCACUGGAUUCCACGCCCAGAGCGAAAACUCCAUGGACUUCCCGUGAGCCAAGGAAGUAAG